UCGGUUACAUAUGUAACCAUUACGUCAUAAACUAAUUUCAUUUAUUCGUUCCAUCCCCAAUCAAAACCAAGGUUUUAUCCCUUGUUCUAUUGUUUUCUAACUUUUUUUCUUUGGUUUGUCCAAAAAUGGAUGAAAUAGGCAGGGUUAUCAUAACGUUUUCGUUGAGAAAUGGUUAUGUGUUUCUGGUGCUGAGUGAGGUAAAUGUCCAACGGCUCAUACUAACCGCAGUUUCCGGGAACUCCGAAUGCUCAUAACUGGUAAUACAAGAGUAGUACACACCGUUUUUAAAAGAAAUAUGUCAAGAAAGAUAUGCAUAACCCCAAGUACAAAAUUUUAGCCCUUUGGUUAGUCUUUAAUUUAAUAUUUUUGAUUAAUUACCACAUUCGGUCUUGGAAGAAUCAAGUACUUUUAUACUUCUCUAGAGUUUAAGAUAUCGGUUAUUCUUGAAAAUAUCUUUAACUCACAAGAUAAUUGGAAGUGUGACUACUUAAAUACAGAUUGAAAGCUUAUCAAAGAUUACAGUGUACCAAUAGAACCUCGGAAAACAAACCAAUCGUAUAUUUUCUUUGCCCAAUUUAUUUAUUUUUUGACUUAUUUUUUUUUAGUUGGUUUUGUGAAGCGAAAAAUGAUUAGACCCCCACACACUACACUAUAAUCGAAUGGUUUUGACUCCAGGGGCUUCAAAUUAGAAAAUUCGAUGAGAUUUUCAAGUUACUAUUAAUAUGCAUUUGAAGUAUUUAUAGUUUUUUUUUCAUAGAUUUUUUUUUCCACCUCUAUCUUGAACACAACUUUUGAUUGUAGAUUUUGAAAAUUAUCAUGAAUCUGAGAGAGAAACAACCUAUCACGCUAGACAAGAACGCUGAAACAGAAUUAUUACCACCUCCUUCAAAUGAUUUAACUAAAGAAGAUUAUUUGGUCAACUCCGAGGAUAGAUCUUCCUCGGAGAUUGAUUUGGAUAUGGAUGAUUUGGAUGGUAAUGACCACAUUCUUCAUGAAAAAAUGAAACUUAUCAACGAUGCUAUUGAUGAAAUUGGGUUCACUCCUUAUCAUUUAAAACUAUUCUUUUUAAACGGUAUGGGCUAUUGGACUGAUACCCAGUUGAUGUAUCUUGAAAGUAGUGUGAGAACAUUUAUUAACUAUCAAUUUGAUUAUGAUUUUCCAGUCACAGCAAUGACUUACGGUGUGGGUAUGAUUUUAGGGGGUUUAUUUUGGGGUUUUGGGGCUGAUUUAAUUGGUAGAAGAUUGGCAUUUAAUUUGAGUUUGAUGUUGAGUGCAAUUUUCACAAUCAUGACCGGGAUUAUGAAUUCAAUGGCAUCCUAUGCUCUUUUUAUAUUGUUGAUUGCAUUUGCUAUUGGUGGGAAUUUAGUGUUGGAUACUUGUGUAUUUUUGGAGUAUUUACCUCACAAGGACCAAUGGUUGUUAACUUUUUUCGCAUUCUUUUGGGGAAUUGGUCAAGUGAUUGCUGUGGGAUUAGCAUAUGCAUUCUUGCCAAAUUACUCUUGUGAGAGUGUAGAUAACUGUCCUUCUCAUUUGAAUCGUGGUUGGAGAUACUUGUUUUAUACCAAUGGGGGUAUGGUGUUAGUCAUGGCUGUUCUUCGUAUCACUGUGAUUAGAUUAAAGGAAACUCCUAAAUUCUUGGUAUCUAAUAAUCGUGACGAAGAAGCAGUAACUAUAUUACAUGAUAUUGCCAACAAGUACAAUCGUAAAUGUUCAUUAACUUUGGCUGAAUUGCAAGCAUGUGGUACUAUCGAAAGUAAUGAUGAUUUCCGUAAGCAUUUGAAUAUUCUUGGCACCUUAAAAUUAAUGUUUGAUCAUUUAAAGAUUUUAUUUGCCAGCGUGAAAUCUACUAGAUCUACAAUAUUAUUAUUUUUAUCUUGGGCCAUGUUGGGGAUUUCAUACCCAUUAUAUUCAUCAUUUCUUCCGGUUUAUCUAGCUACUCGUGGUGCAAAUAUUUCCCCUCCUGAAGGUGAUGUUGCCGGAGUUUAUCGUGAUAAUUUGAUUGCAAAUACAGCCUCUAUUGGAGGACCUAUUAUUGCGGGAUUGCUUCUAUUUUACGUUCCAAGACUAGGUAGAAGAGGUGUUCUUGCCAUUGGAGGAUUAUCUACUAUGGGGUUCCUUUUCGGUUAUACUGCUGUACGUAAUCGUGCUGGUAAUGUUGGGUUAACUUCGGCCAUUUACUGUGCAUUAUACAUCUACUAUGGGGUUAUAUAUGCCUACACUCCUGAGGUUAUGCCGUCGGCUGCCAGAGCAACUGGUAAUUGUCUAUGUUUAGCAUGUACCAGAAUCUGUACCACUAUUGUACCGGUUAUUGCUUACUUUUCAGAUACUAGUUCCCAAGUACCAAUGUGGAUUUGUGGGGCAUUCAUGGGAAUGAUUGGAGUGCUUGCAUUAUUCUUACCUUAUGAACCAAGUAAGCAAAGAGCAGUGUAAAAAGUUUACAAUUUGAUUUAUUUCAUAUUUAUUUAUUUUAGGGGGGAUUGCGGGAUCGUCCUUCAAAUCAAAAUUCUAAAUUACUAUUAGUUUUUUUU